UCUUUUAUUUCACAAUUCUAAAUAACUUUAUUGUUAAAUAAUAUGCUAAUAUGCACCUAGAUGUAAUUUAUUGUCAUGCUAGCAGUGUAGCUUUAGGGUUGGCGUCGUCAGUCGCUCAGUUGAUCCACCACUUGUAUCUCAACAACUCUUAGAUGGAUUGAAUGAAUUACCAACUGUUAGCAUGCUAACACGUUACAUUAACGUUAUACCUGCUAAACAUCAGCAUGGUAACAAUGUCAUUGUGUGAGCAUGGUAGCAUGCUGAUGUUAGCAUUUUGCCUAGCCAAAGUCCAGCCUCACAGAGCUGUCAGCAUUACUGUAGUCUCUUAGUUUUGUUUUAUGUUUAGGUUACAAGUUAUUUCUAGGAAGUCUUUCAUUCCACUGUUAUAACUCAUUGUCAGGCGACACACUAACAUGCAGAGAAUGUGGCCGUAAAGACGAGAGAUAAUCUGACGGGUUCAUGACUCAGAGUUCAACAGGAUAUCCUCCGAAGUGAUCACAAAAAAAGAUGGGAUUGAUUUGAGCGGAGCAAACACCGCAUACGAACCUCACAUAACUUCGACUUACUCAGGAGGAGAUGGAGAACUGAGCGGCGACUAGCAGGCGACAGAAGGCAGCUCCUCCCUCCCCGUCCACCAGCAGCCAUGACGGGGCUCAAACGUCCUCACGAUGGGAAGGUCGCCGGGCUGUAUGACCUCGACAAGACGCUGGGCCGUGGACACUUUGCUGUAGUCAAACUGGCCCGACAUGUAUUCACUGGGGAAAAGGUCGCAGUGAAGGUGAUAGACAAGACUAAGCUGGACCCGGUGGCGCGGGCGCAUCUUUUCCAGGAGGUGCGCUGCAUGAAGAUGGUGCAGCACCCCAACGUGGUGCGCCUCUACGAGGUCAUCGACACGGCCACCAAGCUCUACCUCAUCCUGGAGCUGGGAGACGGCGGAGACAUGUACGACUGCAUCAUGAAGCACGACGGAGGCCUCACUGAAGAGUUGGCCAAGUGUUACUUCGCCCAAAUCGUCCACGCCAUCUCCUACUGUCACCGGCUGCACGUGGUGCACAGGGACCUGAAGCCGGAGAAUGUGGUGUUCUUCGAGAAGCAGGGCGUCGUCAAGCUCACCGACUUCGGCUUCAGCAACCGGUUUCAGCCCGGGAAGACACUCAACACCUCCUGCGGCUCACUGGCCUACUCUGCUCCUGAAAUACUGCUGGGGGACGAGUAUGACGCUCCUGCUGUAGAUAUCUGGAGUCUGGGGGUGAUCCUCUUCAUGCUGGUCUGCGGUCAGCCCCCCUUCCAGGAGACUAACGACAGCGAGACGCUCACUAUGAUCAUGGACUGCAAAUACACAGUGCCUCCACACAUCUCCCAUGCAUGCCGAGACCUUAUAGCCAACAUGCUGCAGAGGGACCCCAAGAAACGAGCGACCCUAGAGGAGAUCGGGGCCCACGAAUGGCUUCAGGGUGUCGACCCCUCCCCGGCCACAAAGCUGUCCACCCCUCUGGUGUCUCAUCGCAGCCUGUCGGAGGAGGAGCACGGCUCCAUCAUCCAGCGCAUGGUGCUGGGGGGCAUCGCAGACCGAGACACCAUAACUGAGGCUCUGGAGUCGAAUCAGUACAACCACAUCACAGCUACAUACUUCCUGCUGGCUGAGAGGAUGUUGAGGGAGAAGCAAGAGAAGGAGCAGCACAGCCAGACACGAUCACCCAGCCCCAGCAAGGCCCAGUUUAGGCAGUCCUGGCCCACCAGAGUGGAUGUUCACCAGGAUGUCAGUGAUGGCUUGGGGGGUCCGACUAUCUCCCACCCGGGGGGGCCACAGUCACCUGCCCGCAGCGCUGAGAGCCUCCACAAAGGCCCCAGGCCCAAAACGGCCCUGCUGGACCUCAGCCAGCGGCCGUCAUCCAGCCAGCAGCAGCCUGCACGACAGAACCAGGAGAGGGGGCUCAGGCCUCUGGCAAAGCCCCACUCUAACCCCCUCAGGCUGGGCUCUCUGACCUCAGUGGGCCCUUGCAAAACUCGUAGUCCCAGUCUUUUCAGCGUGGAGGAGGAUGAAGAAGAGGAAGACACAUUUUCAUCCCUUUCGUCACUACCUGCUCAGGUGGUGCUUCGUUCCAAAGCCUCUUCCUCUUCAUCUAUGUCUUCUUCUGGUAAUCGGCUGACAUCCCGUAUGAGCGCUCCGGUUCUGAACCAGAUCCACGAGGAGGAUAAAGAGGAAGAGGAAGAGGAGGAGAGGAGGGAGCUGCAUGGAUUUGGCCCGCCCAAACCCAGCCUCAGCCUCAUCCUGAACCCUAGAGUACCAUCACCGACGGCGCUCGUAUCAUCGCCUAACACGGUUAGCGUAAGAGCACCGGUUGCCGCUUUCACCCCCAGCUCGGAGACUAGUGACGAUGAGACAGAAAGUCACCAUAAACCACAUACGGCAACUGAAGGUGGAGAAGGGGAAGAGCGAGACGAGGGGGACGAGGGGAACGAGGGUGGAGAGAAAAAAGAGUCCGGGCAGGACAGUCCUGGGUCUGGUGCGGGCCAAGGCAAGGGGACAGCCAAAGCUGCCAGCGGCCUGGUGGAGAGCUUAAAGCUGAUGAGCCUGUGCCUGAGUUCUCAGUUCCACAGCCUGACAGGGGGAGGAGGGGGUGGUGGCGGCGGCGGCAGCGCUGGUGUUGUUGCUGGGGACACCCAGGACCGUCCCAUGUGGAGGAUGUGCAUGGGCGGCUCCACCGGUAGCCUGGAUAAGGUUUCGCUACUGGGUGGCCCCUCACCCAGAGGGAACCUGUACUACCACCAACCCCCGCUGGGAGACGCGCUGGCAGACCCGCUGCUGGAUGGCUCCUGCACGGGAACUCUGAGGCUGGGCGAGCUGGACCUGGCCAGGGAGAACCACAGGAACAUGAAGAACCGCGUGCUGCAGAUGCCUCUGAGCGACAAGACUCUGUCCGUCAACAUCCACCGGAGCCCCAAGGAGGGUCUGCUCUGUACCCCCACCCCACACAGCUGCUGCCAGGUCAUCUAGAGCUGCUGCACAUCCACACUCCUACAUUCUCAUCUACACUCCCCUUAUCAUUUGAUUCAGUCAUGUCACCACUGGCUCAUGAGUUCACGUUAUUUCCUUUGCAUUUAAUGCCGUUUCCUAUUAUUUAACACUCACGGCGGAUAACUGGGAGCGAGUCCAAAUGCCUACUUUGCACAUUCAGAGACGCAAAAUGUCUCCACGGAGGAAACUGGGUGCCAUGCCAAGCAUGUGAAGCACUUUGAACAGAUUAAACAGGACACUUAAGGGACAUUUUAACCCACUGGUGUAUUUACAGAAGAGUCAUUAAGUUAUGGGAACAUACAGGAGGUGCUCACAUCCCUGCCCCCUGCUUGUAUAUACUGUACACAUUUUGCGCACAGCCACACUAUAUCACUCUCUGAUAAGCGGAUGAGUUUUAGUGUCAUGUUACAUAUUGUCUUCUGUCGUACUUGAUGCUGUUUUUUUUUAAAUACCAUUAUUUUUUUAAUGAUUUUAUGAGACAAUCAUUUUAUCUGUUUUUUAAAUUCCGACUGAAAGAGUUAAAUUUUUCCUGUGUUUUCAUUGAAACGAGGACAAAGACAAACGGACCGCAGCACUUCAGUAUGAUGGUGGCACACAGUAUUUUGUAGUCUAUCACGGUUUUAUUUUUCUAUCUCCUACGUGCUCCUCAGACUCGGAAAGAAAAGGCACACUCGCUUGUCAAGUCUCUGCGCAGUCACACGGCAGAGUGUGUACAUAUGUGAAUACCCUCCUAGCAGUGCUCUGUACCUGUAGUAUUGACGGUAAAGUUGUAUUGCAGUAGAAACCUGAAUACUAGAUCCUUUAUACACCAUUAUUCAUCACUCCUACUGGAUGUGCGAGGUUUCGGGUUGAACCCAGAGUUUAGAAAUGUGUUUUGAAGGCAUCAAAGAACAUUGAAAUGAAAUUAUUCUACAAGCAAUGGCAGCUCUUUAAACUCAAAGCAAACGACUUCUGGGUGGAAUCGAAACCUUGCGCAUCACGUAGCUUUCCAGGAUCACGGUAGCCACUGUUGUAGCAUAUUCCAAGACAAAAAAACAACACAAGGGGUUUCAAUAGAACAUAACAACGCCGCCUCUUCAAGUAUCGGUCUGUGUAACUGGAUGUGUGAUCCACCCCUAGUGGAAUAUAUAAUCUGACAGUGCAUGUGUUUUUGCUGUAGCAACCUUAUUCUUACCCACUGAGGUCAAUCCACCUGCGUUAUCUACCUUUUACUGUAGCCUCACAGCAAUACCAGCGACUGCAAAAUGUACAACAAAAAUGGAUGUGCCAUAAAAUCUGUCUUGAGCAUAUUGUACUGUAUGUAUGUAUAUGAUAGAGAUCUAUUAAAAUGAAAUGAUGUGAAUGAAGUCUGGUUUUCUUGACUUGUUGAGUGACGCACACGUCCAUUUUUGUUAGUUUUUUACGAAUGCACCUGAGUGCG